AUGGUGGACUUGAUUGAAGACGCGACCAAGGCUGCGAAUGCGACGAUCAUUGACUUUGCAGACAACCAGUGCUUUCAAGAUGUAUGCGAAGUGGUGUCGAUGAAGGAAGGCGAGCCCGUGCUCAAAGACUCCAACCAUAUCCGAUCGUAUUUUGCACGCAAUUACUUGACUGUAUUGGACCAAGUGGUGACCGCGGCCAUGGCUAAAUCCUAG